UCUACUUAGUUCUAAUUUAGUGCUAGUCGAAUUACCAUCGUUUCUGCGUGGCCGUAGCGUUGCGUGCAUCGCUCUGGUAUCUGGAGGCGAGAAACUGCUACAGCGCCCGAAUACGAUCGUGAAAAAUAGCGUGAAUAUACAGAAAGAAAACAGCGCAUUUUCCCGAGAAGCCCGGUUGGUACGAAAGAAAAGUAAAAAUCGGUUGUGUUUUUGUACGUGUUUUUUUGCUGAUUUUUCCUCGGUGAAAACUAUCUUCCUGUGUGGGCUGUACUCGUCCGUUCAGUGCUCGUUCCCAUCCGCCGGAAACACGCGUGUGUGUGUGUGUGGGUGCAGGUGUGCCAAAUAAAUACUGCUCGUGGGCACAUUUGAAUCUCGCCAGUGCGUAGCAGGCACUUCAAAUGCCAUACCGAUCGACGGCGAACCUGACCGGCGACGAAUCCGGCUGAAUCUGGCCUCACACAAGUGCAGCCAGCUUCAUUUGCAUAACCCGCUUAGCGCGACAAGUGAACGAGUGCACGAUAAGAAAUAAAUCAUUAUUGCAUCUUCAAACCGGGUGUGUCACCCGGUGAGACAAGUGCGUUUGGCUUGGUGUGCCAUACCGUUUGGCUAAGUGGGCAAAAUACCGUGUGCUUAAAGCUGUGAGGUGUUGGGUGCGUGUUGUCCUCCAGAAAGAAAGAAGCUAAAGAAAAAGCGUGUAGUGUGUGCUGUUCCCCAGUAGUAAUAGCACUACUGGGUGUGUGUGUGUGUGUGUGUGAGUGCCAAGUGUAUUAGUGACGAAGGUUAAGUGGCGUCUUCAUCUUCGAGUGCCGACUGCCCGUCGGCCGACCGAAUAGCUGAAUGCACCGCAAGAGUGCAGCGAGGUCGCUGCCUUCAUCGUCCCGAUCGUUGUCCUCGUUCGCCGCGGCCCGAGGCUGUAAUCUGUGCAGUGACAACCGAAUGGGCAGCUGGAGACAAACGCCAGUUGCGGUCGUCGAUCCUGCGCCACCCUGCAAUCCCGUGCCCGAAAUGCAAUCAACAGACCCGCUCGGCCCGCUCGGACCGUACAGUAGCAUCGCUGGGGAGGAGUUGAGUGCCGUGGGGCAGUCGUGUUCUGCCGCAGCGGGGUACGCCAGUGUUUGCCCGGAAGUGAAGUCUCAGUAUCGUUCGGGGGUAAGGUGUAUGGCUAGGGUCACACCACAGCGCAACAGGACAAUGGUGUGGAUGAUGGUGGUACUGUUGGCCCUGGUCCAGCUAACGGCUGGCUGUGGUCCGGGCCGUGGGAUCGGUGGUCCUCGCCGGACCCGGAAGUUGCUACCGUUGGUGUUUAAGCAGCAUGUGCCGAACGUGAGCGAAAAUUCACUGUCCGCGUCCGGCAUGCAGGAGGGGCCGAUCUCGCGCAACGACAGCAAGUUCCGCAGCCUCGAGACGAACUACAACAAGGACAUCAUCUUCAAGGACGAGGAAGGUACCGGGGCGGAUCGUGUUAUGACGCAGCGCUGCAAGGAAAAGCUCAACAUACUGGCCGUGUCGGUGAUGAACCAGUGGCCUGGUCUGCGGUUAAUGGUGACCGAGGGCUGGGACGAGGACCAUAUGCAUGCGCCCGAAUCGCUGCACUACGAAGGACGGGCCGUCGACAUCAUGACGUCGGACAAGGAUCGGUCGAAGAUUGGUAUGCUGGCACGGCUUGCCGUCGAGGCCGGCUUCGACUGGGUGUUCUACGAGAGCCGCAAUCACAUCCACUGUUCGGUGAAAUCAGAUUCCUCCCAGUCCAGCCAUACGAGCGGUUGCUUCACCGGGGACAGCACCGUCCUGACGGAGGCCGGCAUCCACCGGAAGCUAAGCGAGCUUCGGAUCGGGGAACGAGUGCAGGCAGUCGAUGCGGCCGGCCAAACCGUCUUCAGCGAGGUGCUUAUGUUUAUGGACCGGGACACCCAUCAACGGCGUGAAUUCGUAACGAUCGAAGCGGAAGGUGGAGCGCUGCUGAAAGUCACUCCGGCCCAUCUCGUGAUGGUGUGGCGUCGGGAACGGUCCGAAACACGGUUCGUGUUUGCCGAUCGAGUCCGGGAAGGUGAUCACAUACUGGUGCACGUCGGUGGAACGCUCGAACCACGGCGAGUACAUCGAAUAUCGUCCACCCUGUCGGAGGGUGUCUACGCACCGCUGACGAGCGAAGGAACGAUCGUGGUCGAUUCGAUAGCGGCGUCAUGCUAUGCGCUCAUCGACAGCCAAACGGUGGCACAUCUGAGCUUUCUACCGUACCGGCUGGUCGAGAAGGUGUUGGCGCUGUUCGAGCGAAGUAGUGCGAGCGAUAGUCUCAGCUUGCCCCGCCACGAAGGCAUCCACUGGUACGCGAAAUCGCUGUACACCAUCAAAGACUACCUGAUUCCGGCGAACUGGCUGUAUCACUGAACCAUCCCGGGUGAUUGCCGGGAUGCUCGCAGCAGCCAAGAAAUCGUUUGUAAAAAGUGUACAUUAAGCAGCUCUCAGCGAGACGGGAUGAACGAUCAAUCUAAAUUAUUUAUGUUUCAAUCGCUCGGAUAGGGCGGGCAGACCAAGGGCUCCGAUAGCCAAAACUGUACAGGAUCAGGACAACGAUCGUUCUGCCGCGACUGUAGGCUUUAAGCGCCACCUGCCUAGCAAUCCUUGUGCGCGUGUGUUUGUGAAACGCUCCCACAUGGAUUCUGUUUUGUUGUUUGCAUCUUGUUGAUGGACAUAUCCCCGAGGCAUGGGAGCUUGUGUAGUUAGUUAAGUAGUAGCAAAAAUAAAAAAAAGACAAAGAAAUAGGGAUGCAAUGGAUUCAGCAGCCGUUGUACGACGAGUGUAAUUUAGUGCGCGUGUAGCUUAAGGAGACGAUAUGAACAUACAAGACAAACCAAUCAACAGCCAACAGGCCGCAGCAGCAGCAAACAGGGCAGAGUAUUAGGGACGUAAUUUAUUAUCCUUAUCAUUUAACUAUGUAUAAAUGCGAUUGUCUUUUCAAACCCACUUUUUCGACGUCAUGCAGUGACAAAAUGGAAUCGAAACGACGAUGAUAAAACUGGUGAAAACAUUCACAGCGAAUUUUGUUAACUUAUUGCACGCGUUGUAAAGCUUCCACACUAAACUCGAGUGUGUGAGAUGCUUUCUCACUACUGCACUACUGUUUUCUUGCCUUAAAUGUACUGUUUAGGCCAUGAAAGGAGGAGGACGAGGAACGAACACGAAUAAUAAAGCACGAAAGAGGAAGCGUGUAGAAUUUGCUGCGCGAAAAGUAUUUAUUAACGUAAGUGACAAACGUCUGUCAGUGACCCCGUUGGGUGUAGUAGCAGUGCGUGUGUCCAGCGCUCGGAACGCGCGCUAGUAGCGGAAAGCCCGUAAGCAAACCAGAACCCGUGAUAUCUAAUUUUAGAAACUCUCUAAACACUAUUUCUUAUACAGUCUGAUUUGUUUGUUCGGUGGAUGCUGCUGGAUAAAGUUAAAGAAAGUUAAAUCUUGCCCAGGGGGGUUCGAGCUUGUAUGGCUACGCUCUGUGGAACACUCUGUGUAACGCACAAAGGCUAGCGCAAAAGACUAACAGCAGUAUAAUAGGGCCACAGGAAAGGGAAGGUUUUUUUGCCCCUUGACAAAACGGCGUGCGAUUGCGAGCGUGAGUGCAGUUUUAACAAGUGCAGAGAAUUUAAUGAAUGAAAUAAAACACGAAAAGCUUUUGUAAAUAGUAACAAGAAAUGUAAAA